AUGACUUUUACUGAUGAAAAUUUCAGUAGUUCUCAUACUUCUCAUCACAUGAUCAAUCCUUCAGACGAUUCAUCCAGUUCAUACUACUUGCAUCCAAGUGACAAUCCUGGUGCAUUACUUGUUUCUGAAAUUUCUACUAGUGAUAACUAUAUCGCAUGGAGUCAAUCAAUCACUGUUGCACUAACAGUCAAGAAUAAAGCAGCGUUCAUUGAUGGUUCGAUUCUUGCUCCUCCUGUUAAUCAGUGUACUCUUUAUACUGCUUGGUUGCGUGCUAAUAAUCUGGUUAUUUUGUGGUUAAUGAAUUCCAUUUCCAAAGAAAUAAGGAAUAGUCUUCUUUAUGUUACAUCUACUGUUGAUCUUCGGAAAGAAUUGCAAACAAGAUACUUACGAAGUGAUGGUCUGAGAGUUUUUCAUCUUGAAAAACAACAAUCUAAUUAUGUGUUGAAAUUUUUUGUUGGCUUAAAUGACUCCUAUGCCUCAAUUCGAAGCCAAUUGCUUAUGGUUUCACCAUUACCAAGUAUGGCAAAAAGUAUUCAGCCAUCUGUUCCAUCUGUUCCAUCGAAGUUUACCAAAGACAAACAGAAGAGAUCUUCUCUACAUUGCACUCAUUGUGGAUACAAUGGAGAUACAAUAGAGAAAUGUUUUCACCUUCAUGGUUACCCUCCUGGCUGGACUAGACCAAAAGGGAAACGCAAACCACCCACUGCUUAUGCUGCUAUGUCAACCUCUGAGGUUCCAUAUGCAACUCCCUCAUCUUCUAUUGCUGAUUGCUCUCCUAAUAAAGCUUCCACUGAACCCAAAAGUUACAAAUUGGCUGCUAAAAUUUCUGAAUGGCAAACUGCAAUGCAAAAUGAAAUAAAUGCCUUGGAGUUAAAAUAA